AUGGAGCUGGAAGGCCAAGGAGGCUACAGUUUGAGUACUGAAGAGGAGAUGGCUGCACAUAGAGUUCCAGAGAUGUGUAGAUCUGGAAUCUUCAGCAGAGAGGCGGGGGCGCGCCAGUGCCUGCUGCGGGCCUGCGAGGCCGAGGGCGCCCAGUUCAUCUCCGUGCCCUUCGGGGAGCUCGACUUCGGGGAGACAGCUGUGCUCGACGCCUUCUACGACGCAGAUGUUGCCGUGGUGGACAUGAGUGAUGUCUCCAGACAGCCUUCACUCUUUUACCAUCUGGGGGUCCGAGAAAGCUUUGACAUGGCCAAUAAUGUGAUCCUGUACCAUGACACCGACGCGGACACUGCUCUUUCAUUGAAGGUAAAGGGUAUCGUUCAUCUACUUGUGAAUACUUGGCUUUGGGAAAACGGUAUUACACAUUCAGAGGAAAUGUACAUGGAGCGCAGGAGGAGAAACAAUGCAGGCGACCGCGAGAAGGCUCUGCAGAUCAUGCUCCAGGUUCUGCAGAGCUGUGACCACCCGGCCCCCGACAUGUUCUGCCUGUGUGGGAGGAUCUACAAGGACAUCUUCUUGGAUUCAGACUGCAAAGAUGACACCAGCCGAGACAACGCCAUUGAGUGGUACCGCAAAGGAUUUGAGCUCCAGUCAUCUCUUUAUUCAGGAAUCAACCUGGCAGUUUUGCUGAUAGUUGCCGGACAACAAUUUGAAACUUCCAUGGAACUAAGGAAGAUAGGUGUCCGGCUAAACAGUUUGUUGGGAAGAAAAGGGAGCUUGGAGAAAAUGAACAAUUACUGGGAUGUGGGUCAGUUCUUCAACGUCAGCAUGUUGGCCAAUGAUGUCGGGAAGGCCGUCCAGGCAGCUGAGAGGUUGUUCAAACUGAAACCUCCAGUCUGGUGAGUCACACGUGUGUGUGUGUUCCUUCUCUCAGUAUCUGACUUUGUUCUGAAGGGAGAAGAGCUAUAAUUGCAAAAGAAAUAUCAAUUGCUGUGUUUCUCCUUCUGACUCCUUCAUUAACGCAAAGUUACAGCAGCAAGAACAGCUCUGCAGGCUCACUUGGGUUUAUGGGACAGGAGGGAAGGACAGACAGACGAGCACAUACAUGUACAGAAUAUGCCCCUAUGUGCUCGAUCUCCAAGAUGCGACUCGUGAUCUUAUUAAUUUCUUCAGGU